GGCGGGCCGCCCCUUUGAUUGGCUGGGCGAAGCCGCACUUCUGCAGAGCGCCAGAAACGCGGAGUUUAGCGGGCGUCUCGCCUGUCUGUGCCGUGCACGGCGGCUACGUGUGGGACAGGACCGGAGCAAAACCCGGGCGAGCGCGAAUCUGCGGCGGGCUCUCGAGUUCACUGCGGAAAAUAUGUACAUCUGAAGAAGGAGAUCUGUAAUAGUAUAUAUGCUGCUUUCAAACAUCUGAUUAUAUAUACGUGCAUUGUAGGUAGCUGAUUUAUGGCUGGAAAAUCAGUUAAGAUGGAAAGUGAGUGUGUAGCUUUGAAAGAUCUAACAUGCCCCUGUCUGAGCAGAUCCGCAACGGAUGGAGAUGAGGUCAAAAAUGGUCAUAAGGAAAACGUUUUCCACCCCCCAGUGGAACGCAGGAAGGUCCCGCCGAAGAGCGACGGCGCGGCCAGUGCGCCGACAGGGAGGAGGGCGCUGUCCUCUGAGCAGCUCCACGCCACUCCCACCAAACAGGCGGACCAGGGUGCCGCUGAGCCAUGGUCACCCACCGCCAACCUGAAGGUGCUGAUCCAGGCUGCCAGCCCAGACAUGCAUGACCGUGAGAUGAGAAACAAGACCGAGAUGAGAAAGGUCUUGUUCCGACCCAUUGAGAACAAGAAUGAGGGGGUGGCGCUGGACUACCCCAGCCAGUUCGAGGUGCCUAGUGAGAGCGCCGAUGACAUCGAGAAAAGGCCCUGCAGGAAACGAAAAAGCUUAGGCCUCCUGUGUCAAAAGUUCCUGGCCCUGUACCCUGAUUACCCAGCAUCCUCUGAGGCAACAAGCAUCCCACUCGACGAAGUAGCCGUGAGCCUCGGGGCAGAGCGCCGGAGGCUCUAUGAUAUCGUGAACGUGCUGGAGUCUCUGAAGCUCGUUAGCCGUGUGGCAAAGAACCAGUACCUUUGGCAUGGGCGCCAGAGGCUGCGGGAGACCCUGAGCGAGCUGCGUGGCUCGGGCUGGAGGCAGUGCUGCCCCCUGCAGGAGGAGGACUGCCAGCGCAUGCAGACAGGGGAGGCUACUGUGCAGGAUGGCUAUGCGGAGACUGGCUUUGGGGUGGCUGGUGGACGCAAGGACAAGUCCCUGCGCUUUCUGAGCCAGAAGUUUGUGACGCUCUUCCUGGUGUCCGAGAUGCAGACCGUAACGCUGGACCUGGCAGCCCGAGUCCUCAUUGAUGAGAGCCAAGACACCGAGAGUCGCAGCAAGUAUAAAACGAAGGUGAGGCGUCUUUAUGACAUUGCCAACGUCCUGACGAGCCUGGGCCUCAUCGAGAAGGUUCAAGUGAAGGAGGAGCGGGGAAAGAAGCCAGCGUUCAGAUGGACGGGCCCAGUUGAGGUUGCCUGUGGUGGUGACUUGCCAGCUGCAGCCAUCCACUCAGCUUGCCACGUCGACAGUCACCUUGGCGUAUCAGGGGGAGGGAAGCAGAUCGUGGGACACCCCCACUUCACUGAGAGACCCGCCCCCUUUGCCACCGAGCAACGGGCCAGCUCCACCCCCUGCAGCCCUCCCUGUGGCCGGACCAGUCCAAUUCCCCAGCCGGUGGAUUAUUCUAGAAAGGCCGCAAGCCGACGCCAGCAGGAGGACAGCCAGCGAAUCCAGAACUGUGAUGAACCAAGGGUCGAUACUAUGAAGGACAGAUCAGAGUGCCACGCCCCCAUUCCCAGUCCAAUUGGAGUGCUUGAGGGUCCCUGCAGGCCACUCCCCCUGACCAGCUUUUACCCACCAAUUGGCCAGGCCUGCCCCCAGGUCAUGUCCACGUGCCCCACCCUCCCAAGCAUCAAGAAGCACCCACUGUCUCACCAGCCCCAAGCUUCUGUUUUCCUACUCUAUGGGGGUAAAGGAGCGCACUGGAGUGAGAGUGAAGAGAGGCUAUCUCUGUGUGAGCCCAAGGAGAGAAUCCUGGGAAAGAGGAGGACUGUAGAGGAGGAGGGGCCAGUAGCCAAGAGGGUCCAGCUGUCCAGUCAUGAGGAAGAGCCUUCUCUGAAGGGUUUCUCUGAGCAGGUGGAAAUGUGGAGCAACGUGGACAGGUGCCAUCCACGGGUGUCCCCCAGGCAAGGCUACCAGGUCCCUGAAGAGCACUCACUGCUGCCCCCUAAAGGCGACGAGGCCAACACACACAGUGUUCCUGCACCCUACCCAUCCUCGCACUACCUGUAUGUCCCCAUCUUGCCAGGGACGCACAGCCUGAGCUUCCUGCUUUCUUCUGGACCAGUUCCCGUGGCGGAUGGCGGACUGACCGCACUGGCUUUGCCCUGCGUCCUGCUGCCCUCCUGUGCCUUGGCGUCCCACCCUCCCGCUGGCGGCUGCAGCUGCAGCUGCGACGCGCCGGCAGGUCUGGCCCCGUGCGGCUUUGUGGGGUCGCGACCCAUCGCCGUUUCGGGACCCCCUGCUUCCAUCUGUGGUCUGGAGCAGCCCCUAAUGCAGGUCUCCACCCCUCCACGUUCACCAGUGGGGCUGCAGGCGGCACCUCCCGCGCUCACGAUGGAUGUCGAAACACUGCCGACUCUGAGGGGGCCCAGCUCAGACGACAGGCAGGCUUUCUUCCAGACGCCGGGCACCCUGCGAACUGGCAGCCCCCCAGCCGCCUGCAGGCGAGGCUCAGCCCAGAGGAGACUGGAUAUCGAGCACCGAGCAGCCAAUUAGCCGAAGCCAAGGGGAGUAGCUUCCCUCUACGCGGAUGCUGACGACGGGCCAGCGUGCUCAACUUGAGGUCGCCCCUUGCUUAUUCCGAAUCAAAGGGCAGCUCCUACCCACCUCGUGUCUCGAUUGUACACUUUAGAGCGCUGCCAAUGCACUUAUAUUUCAUGCAAGAAUUUUAACCUUGAGGUACAAAAUGAAGAGGAAAAACUUCUGUAAAACGCAGCAAAGAAUAGUAGGUUUAAUUUAUAGGGUCAUACCGUUUCCUCUAUAAACAGACUAUUAUACCAAUUUUAGCUUUAAUGUACAAUAAUAAUUAUACCUAUUUGUCACACUACUUUACUGUUAUGGUGGGACAUAAGCUCUCCAUAUGCCGAAAGCAGCGGACAGUCAGCAAAACAUAGCAGCUGAGCUGGCAGUGAGGCACGCUGACUGCUGUUCUUUCUGUUAUGGUAACAUAUGUAUGACAGCAGGCUUUGGUGGGACCCUAUUAUUCAUCCGAUUAUUAUCUUACUAUAAUGGGCCUAAGCAAAGAAUCAUUAUAUCUAAAACUAGAGAGUUUGAAGUAUAUAGAAGGUUAGGGAAAUAUAUUUGCUUGAUAAUUAGUUGUAAAAAAAAAAUUGCAUUGAGGGGGAUUUGGGAGCACUAGUAGAAAUUAAUUUAAAUGUAUUGUUUUAAUUGAAAUGGUUUUUGAUGGCUUAUGUGUUCUUUAUGCCUUAUCAGUUUUCACGGGUUCAGAUUAUAUCAGAAUGGUUUCUGCAUAUGGAGGAGCAUAGCUGGUUGUAUUGGCCUCUAGUGGUAGGAGGACCAAAAAGGCUGCUUGUUAGUUAAAUCAUGGAAUUAAUGCAAAUUCAUUACUUCCCUCAUUCCAACAUUAUUUAUAUGUCAGAUAAUCUGUGAAUACUGGUAAAUUUCACAGGUUGCUGCCCAAUUAAAUAUAUCAUUAGAUUUAGUAAUUGUAAAGGGUGAUUUUUACCUUGUUGCAUUCUAAGAAAUGCCACAUUUCGGUCAAAACUAUAAAACAUGCCUCAACCGAGGGUGUGCCCAAAGAAAAAUGAGCCAUUUCUAUUGCACUAUAUGAAAGUCAGCCGAAAGCAUUGUGGACGGUAGACAUCAUAGAGGCUAAGGGUGUAAACUGUAAUUCUUGUAAACUUUAAGGCUGUUGCAUCAGGCCCCAGCAGCCACUCUGCGGUAAUCUGGUUGAGCAUCUGAAUAUCGGAAUUGUUUCCUUGGAAGAAAUCUGAAUAAAGGUGUCAGCUCAAUGAAGUAAAUUCAUCUAGCUGGAGGUUGGGAUGGUUAAAUCUGAGCGUUAUGUCACUGCAGUGAAUGUUACAUUAAAAAAAUGUAUUGAACAUUAUAGGUCAGAAAUCCAUUGGCUACAACUGUAAAGAUCUUUUAAGGUGUUUUUUUUUUUUUACUUUUGAAACAUUUUGAUAAUAGAAGCUGUUAAAUAUAUACUUGUUUCUGAUACUAUGUACUGUGUAUGUAAGUAUGGCAUGACUGUGCUGGAUGAGUAGAUAUUGAAGGUAGGAUAGAUGCAUAUAAAUAUACGAUUAUGCUUUACGUUGACAGCACCUUCAUAAUGCCUUUAUAAUGCAUUCGUAGUAUAACAUCCGAACAUAUAGUAACAGCUUAUAAGCUUAAGAUUAUGUUGUUUGUUAUUAUCAAAUAAUGUUUGCAAUUAAUUUUAUAUUAAAGCUGUUAAGGUAUGUUAGGAUGUUACGGUACAGUUACAUGCUGCUUAUGAAUGCAUUAUGAAGGUACUAUUAAUAUUCUACAAAUGCAUUACAAAGGCAUUAUCAAGGUGCAGCUGUAAAGCAUUAACCAAUAUAAAGUACUUUUAAAAUAGGUAAAAGAUAUCAGAAGAAUAAGUGACAGUUUAAUAAAUAUUUGAAAUACAAAUUAUGCAAUAUGAAACACUAUUUUUUCCAAAAUGGAUGUUUGGAAAUUUAACUAUGAAACACCUUUAUAAAGAAUUAACUGGUCUUGUGUUAUCUAAUUCAAAAGAUACUAUACUGGUGGAUGUUUUUCCAUGUCAUUUCAUUAGCAUCCCUUUGUUGUUCGGCAUGUAACACUUCUGGAGGCUGUGGUGAGACCGCCAGGCGUUUCCUCAAGACAUAACCAUGCUGGCCCAUUGCUGGGAUACCAAAGGGCAGAAUAACUGAAUGACAGGGUGCAGAGAGGAGGUGUGGCCAACAUUAAACCUAAGGACAAGACUGUCAUGUGCCUAGUAUUUGAGUUGCACUGUAAAAUACCAGCCUAUGAGGAAGAAGCAAGGAUCAUACUUGAAUCACAACCAAUGAAAUAUAUCCAGUGGCUACAGUAUAUAGUAACAUGUAAAAUCUGUUCUAUACUACAUAUUACUCUAAAAUUAUCUGAUCAUUUUUGUAGCAAAGUGCCAUUUAUCAGCUUUUGUGGUUUGUAUAUCUUGCUGGUCUUUGUAUGUAAUUACGUUGUAAAUUGUACUGAAGCAUUUCAUUAUUUGGUAGUAUUUUAAUACUGACUGGUUAAUUUAACAUUGCAUACAUUUUGCUGUGUAGUAUUAUUGACUUAUACUCACUAGAUAUUUUUCUUUUGCAAAGAUUCAGUCAGUCAUUCUGUAGUGUCCUGGUUUAAGCUGUACAUGCCUUAGCAAUGUUUUUCUUGUAUGUUUGUGCAUUGACGUGCCUAUUACUCUGUGUGUGUGUUUGGGUGGAGGGGGGGUAAGGACUGUGUGCAACUAAAAAGAAAUCUUGACCUUAA